UAACAGAUUCGCCAGCAGCUCCUUCCUGUCAACACACAGAAAAAGUCCAACCCCAACCCCAACCCCAACCCAAAACCCAAAUGAUGGUAGCCACCUGUCUCCGGUCAAAUCCUUAAUGGCAGAAACCGACGUCCCCAAAAAAUUCCGAGCCCUACUCGAAACCGCCGACCGAAAGUUCUCCAAAGUUCGCGAUGCUCCGCCGUACGGCCGAGCUCCAAACCACUACUUCCCCAAAGUCUUCAAAGCCUACACCAAACUCUGGGACUUCCAGCAGAAAAACCGGGCUAAACUCGUCGAAUCCGGCCUCCAACGCUGGGAAAUCGGCGAGAUCGCCUCCAGAAUCGGUCAACUGUACUUCACGCAGUACAUGAGGACCAGUGAGGCGAGGUUUUUGCUCGAAUCCUACAUUUUUUAUGAGGCGAUAUUGAAUAGAGGCUAUUUUGAAGGCUCGAUGGUGAAGGAUCGAGGGCUUAGGUUUAAGGAAUUGAGGUUUUAUGCUAGGUUUUUGCUUGUUGCGGUUAUUUUGAACCGCUGGGAGAUGGUUAGGGUUUUGCUCGACCGGUUUAAGAAGCUUGUUGAUGAUAGUAAAGCCAAGUUUCCGGACACCACCUUCAAGGAAUGGAGGGUGGUGAUGCAAGAAAUGGUGCGGUUUAUGAAAGUCGAUGCACCCUUUUCAAACACUAGGCCUUUGCGAUACUGUGCUAUGUUCGAUUCACACCCAAACUCACUUCCAUAUGUGGCACGUUUCCAUGCUAAGAAGGUUCUAAAGUUGGGAGAUGCAUUGCUGAUGAGCUAUCACCGGAAUGAGGUUAAGUUUGCAGAACUUACGAUAGAUACGUUCAGAAUGCUGCAGUGCUUGGAAUGGGAACCGAGUGGAUCGUUUUACCAGAAGCAGCUCGUUGAAGCGCAUGAGAAUGGUACUUCAACUGAUCAGUCUGCUACUUCGGGAUUGAUUGAUAUAAAUUUAGUGGCGGAUAUGACCGAUCCAUCUUUGCCUCCAAAUCCCAGAAAGGCGGUUCUAUAUCGCCCAUCUGCAACGCAUUUACUCGCUGUAUUGGCUGCAAUUUGUGAUGAGCUCCCUCCGGAUAAUGUUAUGCUUAUAUAUAUAGCAGCGUCAGGAGAUUCUGGUCAAGCUAGUGUCCCGCAGAAGCAAAUAUCUGGAAGCGUGAGAACGUCUUAUAAGCUAAACACGGUUUACGAACGCAGUAAGUUUAUGCCUGAAAGUAUUUCAAAUGGCAAGGGAGGCUCCAGUCAUUCUGUUGAAAGUUGUGUGUGGUUAGGGCCCACUAGAAGCGGAGGGUCUAACAACCUUUUCCCUGCUGAUCUUAUCCCUUUUACUAGAAGACCUGCUUUUUUCAUUAUUGACAGCGAUAAUAGCCAUUCAUUCAAGAUUUUACAUGGUGCGGAAAGGGGGGAACCAGCUGCCCUGCUUCUUUCGCCUUUGAAACCGACAUUCAACGGUCAGUCUAGCGGUGAUAUAACACAAAACGGAAGUCAGUUCACCUUGUUCUUGACGGCUCCAUUACGCGCAUGCUGGCAGAUAUUUGGCCUCACAUUUUCGGAUGAUGAAGCGGACAUUAUGGAAGAUGCCGAGAGCAUCGUUUCAGCUGCCUUUGCAGAGUGGGAAGUAAUACUGUGUACUUCAACAAAUCUAGAUCUAGUGUGGGCCCAAGUUCUCUCUGAACCUUUGUUAAGACGGAUAAUUCUCAGAUUCAUACUCUGCCGGUCUUUGCUCACGUUUUUCGAGCGCGAGGAAGACAAUGACGACUAUGUACCCGUGUGCCUACCUCAACUUCCGGAUUCUGUCUCGCCAGGCGCUGAAGUCGUCCAAACAGCUGUCGUGAGACUUGCGGAGCACCUAAAGGUUUCUGAUUGUUUUCAAUUCGACAAUUUAUAGGCAUAAAAGUUAGGAGGCAGAUAUGUACAUUCAUUUUGAGUGAGGGGAGGGGGGUAUUACCGGCUGGUUGGAGAGCGCGUAUAGUUGUGGGUUUUUUAUUCUGUGAUGCAGGUGUAAAGGUUUGGUGAUGUUAAGGUAUAGACAAAAGUAUUGAUAUUGAGUUUGUGUUUUAUAGCUUUUGUUUUGUAUAAGUGAAAGUAGAUUGGUAGGUAGGCAGGGUGAUUUUUAAGUUGUCAUUGAUAACCCAAAAAAGAAGAUAUUGCAUUCUCUUGACAUCUUUUGAUUUGUUUAUGCUCUUUGUAAACUUAUAUGUUGGAAUAAGACCUUAUUGAAAUGCUUGAUAUA